AUGAAUAGUCCACCUACUACUAGACUGAUUGUCGACAACAAAUCAUCAAACACCCGUAUACUUCGUCAAUAUAGCAGUAAUAAUAAUUGUACAUUUACUUUGUUAAGUGAUGAUGAGAAUGAGAAUGUAUAUCCGCAAACAAACAUUGCUACCGAUAAAUCCCUAAACUUCGGUGAUGAUGUAAACACUAGUGAUGAAGACGAAGCAGGUGUGGAUUUAAAAAAAAUUGAAAGCGAACGAAGUUUACCAUUUACGGUAGUGACUGAUAUUAAUGCAUCGUCAUCUGAAGUUUCUAAGAUUAAUUUAGAAACUCAAGUAUGUGAAUUGGAAUCCCAACUGAAUGCAGAGAAACGAAAAUCUGAGGAGAAUUUCUUAAGUCGAUGCAAAAAUCCUAUACCAUAUGUGCCUUGCAUCGACUUAAGAACUUCACAAAUGCAUUCGAGUAUUGGUGUUUCAGUAGAAAACUUAUCAUCCCAACUUACAUUCUCCUCAGAUUUUCGUUUCUCUGCAUUCAGUUGGGAUUCCAAUUCACAUAUUUGAGUUUCUAAAUUAAUCUUAGAAACUUCAGAUGACGAUGCCUAUGAAAUAAAUAAAAACGGCAAGAAUAAGCAAAAUAAAGAACUGUUCACCAGUCAAAUCAGAUCACUACAUUUUUAUAGAGAAUAAAUAAGUGGAAUUCAUAUCCUAUUGGCAAUGCUUUGCGAAGCCUGUUUACAGAAUCGGCAUUCUGCUGUAACUUACAUCAUUAAAUUAAUAAACCAUAUAGCACGGACGUAUGUUGUUAUAUGUCUACUCAGUGACCACUUAUAUUCAAAUGUAGCUUGACAAUUUGGACAGAUUCAUCAAUUGGUCAGUCUGGUUAGAAAAGAAUAAAAAGUACAACCUACUUGUCUGAAUAGAUAUUUCAAAGCUAUUCGUGCUUCUUGGAUGUUAUGUAGUUGGCAUAAGCGAGACGAGAGCAUUUGACCAGUCGAAUCAGGUGGACCAGAGGCAUCUGUCGAUGAUCUUUCACCGGCAUGCAAAUCGCUAAUCACUUGUGUUUGACAUUGAAUCGAUUCAGUUAGACUGUUCACUUCUUUAAUAUACAUAUCAUAAGGUUGACCGUCUUGUCGGCAACUUUAUUUUGGCUUCGAUCGUGCAUAAACGACCACAAAGUGUUUUACGCGAAUCCAUAAAAUGACUCAAAUGAUACCUAACAGCAUCCAUACUGAUUUGGAUAUCUAAAUCUGUUUUGACCAAAGCGCGAACUCGUGUAGCCAAAUCAUAUCUGAUAAAUGUGAUAAGAAUUUAGACAGUUUAAACUAUGGAACGAAUGUUUACUCUGAAAGUCACAAAAGAAGUUGUGCUUAUAAAGGAACUGAAUAUAACAAAUACCGACAUGCACGUAAUAGGAUUAUCCGGUCAGCAUAAUAAAACUCGAAGCCUGACACGCGGAAAUCGAUAUAUCAUGGGUUAACUGUAUGUACUCAAGUAUCUUAUUGAGAGAGUGAUGAUAAACUCAAUAGCGAAUAGAGCUGAGGUCAAGCAAAAUGCAGAGAAAUUUUGGAUAAUGACGGUGAGUAACACAUUCUGAUAUUGAUAAAUCGAAUUCAAAGGUCGGUAUUUUUUUCACCGAGUUUAUAACACUAACGUAAAUAUGCAAUAUUUUGAGGAAACAUACCAUGAGCAUACAAUUAGCAUAAACAUAUAUCCACAUCCAGUUACAUACAGGUUAGUCGUGUUUCAGUCUAAUCUACAUGAUAACUGUAAAAUGCACAGAACAGAUAAGUAGUCAUAAUUCACCACUGAAAAGUAAAUGAUUUUCCUGGAAAUAGUGAAAAUAACACCUUAUCAAGACGCUCUUUGACGCAUUAAUUAACCUGAUAUAUUUGUGUGUUUCUGUUUAAUUUCGAUAAGUAAUAGGGACUAAAUGAUAUGCUAAUCUAGAAUUGAUGAAAACACUCAUAUCAAUGUGUAUUUUUAACCUAAAGAAUUCGCUAGUUAUUUUUUUUUGAAAGUGUACAAUAUAAUGUUCGGUAAUUGCAUCAAGCUAAUUCCAUCGUUUAUGAUGUCAAACAUAUUCCAGUUAAUCGAUACCACGUGCAUCUGCUGGAUACUGCCAUUUUACUGUAAUUCUAACUGUUAUAUCUUACUUCUGAAGAAUAAAAUUGCUAUAUGCAGCAA